AAGAAGAGAGAAUAAAACCUAUUAAACCAAAGCACAUUGCUCAAAUGCCUUUACCAUGUCUGGAUUCCUUAGUCUUCAAUAGCUAGGACAAAAAGAGACCAUUGAAUCCUAGCUCUUCUGCCUGCAAAUUCCUUUUAGUCCUAAAUUAAAGAAAAUACAGAAUUAUGUGAUUUUGCAAUUUUAUGUGGUAAAAGUAACUGUGUUCCUAUCACACAGAAUCUUGAGUUGGAAAGGACCCAGAAGGAUCAUAGACUCCAACUCCCUGAUCCUCACAGCACGACCUGAAACUAAACCGUAUGACUUGUUCUAGAACAUAUUACAAGUACAGUCCUAAACAGGCAGAUAAGUCAGAUUUCUGGUAGAAAAACUUGGGCAAUGGCAUAAAAAACUUUUGUGAAGGGUGAUGGAAUCCACCAUUUUUAUCCCAAUACUUAGGAGCUCUGAGGCAAAGCUGUUCAGUUACUUGCCUAUUACCUGCCCCUCUAGCUGCAACACUGCAAGCUGAGAAGAAUUUAUGAUAAACCAAAAAGGACAGAGGAAUUACUCUUCUGCGGCCUUCUUUGUGAUAAAACAGCCUGCUUAAUUCCUUUCAUUAUAUCACUAUGUGAAACACUCGCUGAGAUUUACAGGUCAUUCUCAAAAGACACCAGACAAAAGGGAAAGUUCCAAUGGAAAGGGUAGAUUCACGGCUGAAGUUGGGGUCUCUUUGCAAGGCCCCUUCCAAAAUUCUGGUGAAAUGAAUCACUUAUCCCCGUUUCACAGAUCUAAGGGUAAGAAUACAACACAGAUGUUGUUGUGAGACCUCAAACAUUUAUGACCUUCAGUUGGCAGGCGCCUGUCUAAGUGCUAAGUAUCAUUAUUAUUCUCUCCAAAUCUGAGUCCUCCUGUCAGCAAGUGUCUCUCUCCAGGGCUGGAACUACUGUCUGCCCAGACGGAGUCCAGAAAAAGCAGACAGCACCCCAUUAUAAGGAAACAUGCAGCUGUGCUCAUCUCAGCAUAAAGGCAUCAAUUUUAUUCGGCACUGUCAAAUGCAGAGUAAUUAUACGGGGCAGGACAUAGGGACCCUGAAGCAAGUGUCCUGAAAGAGACCCCUCUCAUUCAGCUGAAUAAGAAGCCUUGAGCCAUUUGCACUGAUAAACCAUUAUCAAUCCCUCCCCGCUCACAAACCCUCUGCCGACCCAUAGACCCUCCUCUAUUGCAGGCAAAGGGAAGUGUUGGACAGGCUAAGCUGUUACCAUAGCAGCCGCCCCUCUCCCUCUCCCCACUCCCACCAUUAUGGAAUUAUCCUAUUCUGAAAUGUCCUGUUGUGUCUAUUAAUACCAGAGUUCCUCCAAACAAUGCUUCUCUCCACCCUCCUAAAAUAAUCAGGGGACUCCAAGAAGUCUGUGUUCACGGCUGGGAGUUCAGUAGCAGCCUUUAGUAAGCACCACGAACACUGGAAUAUUCAUACAGUAUAUUCAUAUCUGUAACAGCAGCAGCAGCCCCUGUGCCAAGGGCUCAGCUGGGAUGAAGACAGCUCUUCAGCGCUGGGGUGUCCUCUCCCCUGCGCUGCUGUGUGACUGAGCUGAUAAUGCGCUAUCAGAGCUGGAAGGACACUAUAUAGAGGGGCUCCCCUCUCCGUGCUCAGCAACUCUGCAACUGUGUGCUCUUUUGGGAUCAUCUCACUGUUUUCACCGUUGCUGCUUCUAUUUGGUUUGCUGUCAUCAGAGGGAGUUCCUUGAGAUCUUCCCCAAAAGGACCCUACACUCCACCCAUAGGACUUCACUGUAAAGAGCUUCUUGGGGUUUUAUUUCUUCAAAACUGUGGUGAAAAAUGAAUGGCCCAGCAGAACCCUCAAGUCUAUUCUUCAAUUGCUCAAAUCAAUCAACUUUCUCUUUGGAAACAUCAGAGCAAUGUGGCAAAGAGACACACCUGGAGAACAUCCUUUUUGCCACUUUCUACUUCCUGGACUUCAUCCUGGCUUUUGUUGGCAAUGCCCUGGCUCUUUGGCUCUUCAUUCGAGACCAGAAGUCAGGCACACCCGCCAACAUUUUCCUGAUGCAUCUCGCUGUGGCUGACCUGUCCUUUGUGCUGGUACUCCCCACCCGGCUAGUGUACCACUUUUCUGGCAAUCACUGGCCAUUUGGUGAGAUCCCGUGCAGACUCACUGGCUUCCUUUUUUACCUCAACAUGUAUGCCAGUAUCUACUUCCUCAUGUGUAUCAGCGUCGACCGUUUCCUGGCCAUUGUGCACCCUGUGAAGUCCAUCAAGCUCCGCAGGUCCCUUUACGCCCAUUUGGCAUGUGCCUUUCUGUGGGUUAUAGUCGGGAUUGCAAUGGCACCGCUGCUGCUCAGUGUGCAGACAGUGGAGAUGAACAACAUGACCAUCUGCCUGCAGCUCUACAGAGAAAAGGCAUCACGUCAUGCUCUCGUGUCCUUAGCAGUGGCAUUCACCUUCCCAUUUGUUACUACGGUGACCUGCUACUUAUUGAUCAUCAGAAGCCUAAAGAGUGGGAACAGAGUUGAGAAACACUUGAAGGAAAAAGCUAUCAAAAUGAUCAUCAUGGUCCUGAUGAUCUUUCUGAUUUGCUUUGUACCUUACCAUGUCAAUCGCUACAUUUACAUUCUCCACUACAACGGGACCAAAACCUCCUGCGAAACACAGCGUAUUCUCGCCCUCAGCAACCGCAUUACUUCCUGCCUCACGAGUCUAAAUGGUGCCUUUGACCCAGUCAUGUAUUUUUUUGUGGCUGAGAAAUUUCGUGAGGCUUUGUGCAAUCUGUUUUGUGUUAAAAAGACCGUAAUGUUGCCUCAAACAUAUGAGGGAAAAACAAAUGAAAGCUCACUAAGUGCUAAAUCUGAACUGUGAACAUGGCUCUUGUCACUGUUUCAAUUUAAGAACGAUCUAUCCCACCAAAAUCAGCUGAGAGCACAAAUAUGCAGCAAGAUAGUCUACCCAGAGUCACACUCAUCCUGAGGAGGGAAGUUCUGUUAUUUUGAUGGGACUGCAAUUAGCAAGAGCCCCUCUGACAACCAAGAUCACAUGUUCUUGUCUUAAUGAAACUGCAAAGUACAGUUCUGCUGACUUCCAAGACAUGAAACUGAGGGCUGAACAGUUAGGAAUAGGGAAGGGAGCAAAGAGGAUUUCUUUUCCUUAUAAAAAAGAACUUAAUUUCCAAAGCAUUCAGUAACAACUCUUCCUCUGCACAAUGCAUGCAGCCUACUUUAUUUUUUUUAUAUUGUGCCAGCAGUAGAGAUCCACUCUUGAGACAGACCCGCCUGAUGAAAAGACAGCAUACUUCCACAUCUUGUUCAAGUCUCCAAAUUCAAUGUGUUUACACACAAUAGACAGAAACUUGGGACUAAAUUGUAGCAAGAAAAAAAAAAGACGAAAAUGCUGCACUGCACCCAACCUGGACUGGAAUUAAGAUGGGACUUAUAUUUUCUUCUUCCCAGCAUUCAGAGCUGCAGAUGAGCACUAAACUUCACACUAUCUUUUCCAUCUGCCCUGUGCUAUUGUCUUAAGGCUGCAGACAGAGGUUGGACAAUAUUUACAAUAAUGCCUCUUUCACAUAGUUAUCUGCAAAACAUCAGGUACCCUGAUAACCCUCAAACUAAAGAACAGAAAAGGGCUGUUUAAGAAUACUGCUUUUAUCUUUACUACAUACUGAAUCAUAAGAAUAUGAGGCCAAACGGCAGAAGUGAAGAAAUGUAAGCAUAUGAAGAAGUGAAGUAUAUUUCAUCCAGAAGAGAUUCCUAUCUUUGAGGUGGUUUACAGUUAUUUUUUGUGACUUAUGUAGCAAGGUUAUUAAUUCCCUACAGAUAAAGUAGGGAUUAUCUUACCUAGCCUCACUGACAGAAACUGCAUCCAGUGAAAUACAUCUGGAAGUGACAGGCAGACCAGGGAAAACCAGGUACAAUGAGAAGCAGCAAAAAGAACCCAAGAGUUCCCAAUAGUAUUUAUUAGAAUACUGCUUCUAUGCUAUAGAGAUAAAUAUUACAGGAAAUCACGUGACAGAUUAACUAUAUUUUUUACAUACAGAUACAUAUACACACAUCUCUCUCUUCUAUCCUUUUGGGAAUGAGUUCCUUACCAUUUUAGAUUUGGUCCGCAAAUUAUACAAUCAAACAUACUUUUAUCUUGCUUGAACUGCUUCAAUCCUGGCUGAUUUCCCAAAACACCCAGGAACACCCCUAGGUGCUAUCACAACAGCCCAUUUUAACAAGCUUAGGUGUCAAAAGAAAAUCAUUUAUGCCCAACUUCAAAAACAAAGGCACAGAAGUUGCACGCAGGACUGAAGAGAAAAAGGAGUUGAGAGGGCUCCCUGCUGGACAGGGAACAAGUGUAUAACCUUCCCUUCUUCAGCAUUUAGUAGCAAGAACAUAAACUCUAGGAUACUACUUAGGCUUUGCUCAAGACUUAUGAAAGCCUGAAAUUAACUAUGGAUUGUGCAACACUGUCUGCUAACUGCUGGAUUGUUUUAUUUUGUUAUCAUGGUAUACUUUUGUACAAGUUCCCUUUUAUGUUUUUAUCCCUUAUUUCUUAAUUAAAAGUAUUAAUCAAC